AUGUUUUUCCCGUUUGAAAUAGGAAGCACAAUAACAGAAGGUUUAAGUUUAAAGAUUUAUGACUUUGCAGGGCAAGAAAUAUUUUAUGCAACCCAUCAGCUGUUCCUCAUGUCUCAAGCCGUGUUUUUGCUUGUAUUUGACCUCUCACUUGAUCUGAAUGACAAGGCUGUUGCUGGAAGAUAUAGUCACCCUAAGAAUUUGUUUAGUGCGAUGGUUAGGAAAGUCGCUAAUUUUCUUGGACGUAAGAAAAAUGUCAACGUGUAUGAAAUCACAAAUCUGGACUUCAUUAUAUUCUGGCUUUCCUCAAUCUAUGCACACACUGUGGAGAAUAAGCGCACUGAUGGUGCAGAAGCCAGACAGCUAUCUCCUCCAGUUUUCAUAACAGGGACGCAUGAAAACAACUUACCAGGAAACAAAUCACAAAGAAAAGCAAAGGCUGAACAAAUCUUUGAAACUAUACGUACAUCUAUAAAACAACAUCCCUGCUCGAAACAUGUUGUGACUAGAUACUAUGCAGUUGAUAGUAGUUUGAGGAAUGAUGUUGAAAUACUGAAGCUGCAACAGCAUAUCCUGGAGGUUGUUAGAGAGGAACCUUACAUGAGCAAUCUCAUACCAGUCUCAUGGUUAGAUUUGGAACUCACACUAGAGGAGAAACAGAAGGAUAUGUAUAUGUUAGAAAUGGCAGACGUACGAAGUGUAGCUGCCAAAUGCGGAGUGAAUGACUCAGAGGAGCUCAGCACAUUUCUCCAAUUCCAACAUAAUACUGGAAACUGUGUUUACUUUGAGAACAAGAUGAAUGUUGAUGAUCCAUUGAACCACUAUGUCAUUCUAAACCAAAGGUGGCUGAACGACAUGUUCAUUGGAGUCAUCACUAUUAGACCGGCAAAGGAACAGUUUGCUCAAUUUAGUGACUCAUGGAGCAGACUUGAAUCUGGUCUUCUUGAUGAAAAACUUGCAAGACAUGUCUGGAGAAAUUACCAUAUUGAUCCGAACUUGCUGUUCAACCUGAUGACCAGAUUUGACCUCCUGUGUGAAAUACAAUUUUCAGCUGAGGAGGCAGUACGUAGGUUAGCUGAAAAAUCUCGAGUGUUCUGUUUGCCGUGCUGUUUGAGUGAAACGAUUGAAGCUCCAGCAGUGGUAGAAGAUGACAAUCGCACCGUGCGUUUCUUUGUAGACUUUAAUGGUUUUUUUACCAGGUGGUCUGUUCUUCAGAUUAAUGGUGCGCACAAUUCGCUUUUCUCAGGAGCAUGGCAGCAAUGAUCAACGUCUUUCACGACACAGUGCUGAGUUUUAUGUUGACCAGGAUCACAAUCUGAUACUCAGAAUCUACUCAAAAAAUCGGUCAUUUAUGGAGGUGAUAAUUGUACGUGUUUCAGGAGAUGACACCAAUCCAAGCCCAACAGUUUGCCAGAUG